AGCUGCGACGGAGGAGGUGAAGCGGCGGCGUUGAGGACCCGCAGGCCCGACGGGGCAGCGCUCCCUCCCUCCCCACCCCGUCGGGAUGGUUGGGAACAGUUAAACUGCGUAGAACAGAGUUCCAUAGGGUUGAACGGCAGAAGUGGUGGGACUCGGCGGGUGUGUGGUGUCGUCAGGCGUCUCGCCUGUCGGGGUCGGAGACGUACCCCUGGGGUUGGGCCGCUGCGCCGGUCCGUAGUGCUGCUUAUUUGGAUUUCUCUCACUUGGUGGCCUUCUGAGUGUGCAGAGUUGCUCUUGCUGUGGUGGGAGAAGUCUGCGCUCUCGUCGCUCUGCACCUGAAUCUGCAGCCGACCUUUAAACUCGUCGACCUGCGACUGGGCGCGGGCACCGGGAGGCACUUUGUCUAGUGAGAGUGUGGUUAUCCGAAACCUGGUGAAUCCUGUAGCAAUUGCUCGUCAGCUGUCUGGCAGAUAGACUUUUUUGCAUGCGUGCCGUGAUCCCCAAUAGUUUUAAAUCUUGGGGCUUCACAGUCUCUAGCUUUCUUGUCUUCCACUUUUUUUCACCAGUUUGUUGUUAAUUUCCCGCUCCCUACCCCCUGAGGUGGUCACGCUUGUUUCUUGCUUCCCACAGUCACCCGCCUAGUUCAAACCCCCUGUGUUUUCUAACAGGGUGGUUGCAGCAGGCUCCUGGAAGUCCUAAACAGUUCAUCUUGGUGUACGGUUUUCCUGUUGUGAUUGCAUCAUGGAAAAUCAGUUGGCUAAGUCAACAGAAGAACGAACAUUUCAGUACCAGGAUUCUCUUCCAUCUCUGCCUGUUCCUUCACUUGAAGAAUCAUUAAAAAAAUACCUUGAAUCAGUAAAGCCGUUUGCAAAUAAAGAAGAAUAUAAAAAAACUGAAGAAAUUGUCCAAAACUUUCAGGAUGGUGUUGGAAGAAAAUUGCACCAGAAAUUACUUGAAAGGGCAAAAGGAAAAAGAAAUUGGCUGGAAGAAUGGUGGCUGAAUGUUGCCUAUCUGGAUGCUCGUUUACCAUCACAACUGAAUGUCAAUUUUGCGGGUCCUGCACCUUAUUUUGAACACUGCUGGCCUCCAAAGGAAGGCACUCAGUUGGAAAGAGGAAGUAUAACUCUUUGGCAUAACUUGAACUACUGGCAGCUGUUAAGAAAGGAAAAAGUGCCUGUUCAUAAAGUUGGAAAUAAUCCUCUCGAUAUGAAUCAAUUCCGAAUGCUGUUUUCCACCUGCAAGAUUCCAGGGAUUACUAGAGAUUCAGUUAUAAAUUAUUUUAGGACUGAGAGUGAAGGGCAUUCUCCAACUCACCUUACGGUGCUUUGUCGAGGCCGAGUUUUUGUCUUUGAUGUAAUGCAUGAAGGAUCUUUGAUGACCCCACCAGAGAUUCACAGGCAAUUGACAUAUAUUCACAAGAAGUGCCAUAGUGAACCUGAUGGACCUGGCAUACCAGCAUUAACUAGUGAGGAGCGAACCCGAUGGGCUAAGGCACGAGAAUAUCUGAUUAGUCUUGAUCCAGAGAAUUUGACGAGGUUAGAAAAAAUUCAGAGCAGUUUACUGGUGUAUUCCAUAGAGGAUAGCAGUCCACAUGUCACACCAGAAGACUAUUCUCAGGUAACUGCAAUGAUUCUUGUAGGAGAUCCAACAGUACGCUGGGGAGACAAAUCUUAUAAUUUGGUUUCUUUUUCCAAUGGAAUAUUUGGCUGUAGUUGUGAUCAUUCUCCUUUUGAUGCAAUGGUUAUGGUAAACAUCAGCCAUUAUGUUGAUGAGAAAAUUUUAGAGAAUGAAGGAAGAUGGAAGGGUUCAGAAAAAGUACGAAAUAUAUCACUUCCAGAGGAGCUCGUUUUCACUGUGGAUGAUAAAAUACUAAACAACAUUAAUCAGGCUGAAGCCCAAUAUCUCAAGCAGGCAUCUGAUCUGCAGAUUGUGGCAUAUGCCUUUACAUCUUUUGGUAAAAAACUAACCAAGAAGAAGAGGCUUCACCCUGAUACAUUUGUUCAGCUUGCACUUCAGCUGGCCUAUUACAGACUUCAUGGACGCCCUGGCAGCUGCUAUGAAACUGCUAUGACCAGAUACUUUUAUCAUGGCCGCACAGAGACUGUGCGAUCAUGUACAAUAGAAGCACUCAGGUGGUGCCAGUCCAUGCAGGAUCCGUCUACUAGUCUUCUUGAGCGACAGCGGAAGAUGUUACAAGCUUUUGCAAAACAUGAUAAAAUGAUGAAAGAUUGUUCAGCUGGAAAAGGAUUUGACCGUCAUCUUUUAGGUCUUUUACUCAUAGCAAAAGAGGAAGGUCUUCCUGUUCCAGAACUCUUUACAGACCCACUUUUCUCCAAAAGUGGAGGAGGUGGAAACUUUGUUCUCUCAACAAGUCUGGUUGGGUAUUGGAGAAUUCUGGGACUGGUGGUUCCCAUGGUACACAAUGGCUAUGGAUUUUUCUACCAUAUCAGAGAUGACAGGUUUAAUGUGGCUAGUACAGCCUGGAGAUCUUGCCCAGAGACCAAUGCAGAAAAGCUGGUUCAGCUGGUUUUUCAUUCUUUCCAAGAUAUGAUGAAGCUGAUGAACACUGCUUACCUUUAGAGACUAAUCACUGAUUAAGUAUUUACAAAAAUAUUAAACUGGGUGUGGAGAGUGGGUUGGUGAUGAGAGAUAGGAAGGAAUAUUGACUUAAAGGAAACUUGUUAAAUGUAGAAAUAGGUAGAAUCAUGCUUCUUAAAGUUAUUCUCACAAUUUUUAAGCUUCCUCUGAUGCAGUAGCAAUGCAAAUUGAUACAAUGAAAUACAGAAUUAUGCAAAAGAUGAUGAGCCUCAACAAUGCAAAUCUAUAAUUUUUAAUAAUGCAAGUGUUACUUUAACUUACAGAUAUUUUUUUUGGUACCUGUAGAGGUUAUAAAUCCUCUGACCAUUGUUGUAGAGUCUGUCUUUCAAGCACUUUAACAUUUUCUAGUUGCCAAAGGAUAUGAAAUACAUGAUUAAAUGCUAACUUCCCUGAAAUCAUUGCCUUCCACAUUCAGCACAGGGAUACAAGUCUACUCAGUUUGAUGCGAAAGGCCACUACAAUUGACUGAUCAUCUAAAAGUAGACUUUCUGUUGGAUAGAAGCAUCAGAGGGAGGUUUAUACCCUCUGAUGCACAUAUACAAAAAACCUAUCAAAAUUCAUUAUCUUGUAACUAGUUUGUGAAUAUAAAAUGAAAGCACAUAUUUAAAAUUAGAAUUAGUGACUUUAAAAAGACUGAAUGUUGAAUGAGAUUCUCAGGAUUUUAUAGAUUUUUUUUUUUCCUGCUGUUCAAAAUAGAAAAUAAA